UUACAACAACUGCUACUAUGCCAUAAAGUGGAUGAUGCAGAUAUGAGUAUGGCAGAUUCUUAGCUCUUUUCUCAGGAAACAAACAAUAGUCGUUUCAAGCUGAACCCAUUUUCUGAUUUCUCUCAAAACAAUCAGAAAACUCCAAUUUCCAGAACCACCCUUUUCUCCAGCUCAACCCAUUUUUGAUUUCUCUCAAAAUACUCAGAAAACUCCAAUUUCCAGAACCACCCUUUCUCUUUGUAUUUUCUUUGGGGACUUUCAAUCUCAUUGGUGAGGGAGGAAAGUUGUAUAUUCUUGCAUCAGCACACUCCAUUGCCCUUUUUGUUUCCCAUUUUGCCCUUUGUUCUUGGGGUCAGAUCUGCAAUUCAGUGGUGGGGUUUGUUGGUUGGAGAUGGAGGGUGUUUGAAGAAAGUCCUGUGUGGGGUUUUAUCCUUCUGUGUUCAUUGCUCUUGUGGGGUACAAUUAAAGGAAAAUCAAGAGCCCCAGAUGUGUUUAAAGAAGGUAACUUAAGGCUUAUUCUAGAAUUUGAAUUUGUGUUGUUCAAUGCAAAUUUGUGCUUGUUGAGUUUGUUAUAAUACAAGCCUUUUCUUGAUUUUCUUGGACUGAAUAGUUGUUAAUGUGAUUCAAGAACAAGUUAUAAUUUUCACCCUCCUAUGCUUCUGUGUUCUUCAACAAUCUUUAUUGGGUGCAUUUUAAGCUUGUGUUAUAGUCCUUUUUCUUGAAGUAAAAAAGGGGGACAAAAAAGAAAACAACCCUAGUUUCUUGACAAAGUGAUAGAUGAGGAAGGUCCAAGGGAUGGAGGUUUUGGGCCUACUCUUUCUGGUGAUGAUCCCUGUGUUUGUUAGAACUGGAAAAGCUGAGACAAACACUUUUCUGAUAAAUUGUGGCACAAAUUCAAGUGUCAAUGUGGAUGAUAGGAGAUGGGUUGGUGACUUGGCCCCUGAUAGCAAUCUAACUGUCAGUUCUGGUAUUGUGGCCACCAAUUCCACCUUUAAUGGAGAUUCAAUCUAUGCGCCGCUCUAUAGAACUGCCCGGUUUUUUACUAAUAGUCUCAAUUACACAUUUAAAGUGGCCCGUGAGAGUUACUUUCUUAGGCUUCAUUUUUAUCCCCUUUCCUUUCAAGAUUAUGAUGUAAAUCAGUCUUCGUUUUCUGUUGUGGCAAAUGGGUUGAAAUUGGUUUCAAAUUUCAAAGUCCCAAGUGAGAUUUCACACUCAAGCUCAUACUUGCAGAGUUCAGGGACCAAUUCAAGUUCAUUUGUUUUGAUCAAAGAGUACUUCUUUGAUGUUGAUACGGAUGUUUUUGUGAUUGAGUUCAUCCCGGCUAAAGGCUCCUUUGGAUUUGUGAGUGCCAUAGAAAUUGUCCCCGUUGUAGACAACGUGUUUGUCGACUCAGUAAACAAAGUAGGUGGUGGUGCAAACAUUUAUCUGAAUUUGAGCAAACGAGGGAUUGAAACCAUGUAUAGGUUAAACGUGGGUGGUUCUGAGAUUAAAUCAAGUGAUGAUGAACUUUGGAGAACGUGGGGGGUGGAUUCUGGCUACAUGUUGACAGCAGAUGCCGGGUCAGAAACUACAAACAGUUCUACCAUUACUUUUACUUCUGCUAAUGAGACCUCAGUGGCUCCUCUUCUAGUGUAUGAAACAGCUAGAACUAUGUCGAACGCUCAAGUCUUGGAGAAGAGGUUCAACAUGUCAUGGAAAUUUGAAGUGGAUCCAGAUUUUGAUUAUUUGAUCCGAUUACAUUUCUGUGAGCUGGAUGUUGAUAAGGCGAACCAAAGGAUUUUCAGAAUCUAUAUAAACAAUCAGACUGCAGCGGACCGUUUCGAUGUUUUUUCGAAAGCAGGAGGGAAGAAUACACCGUAUCAUCAGGAUUAUUUCGAUGUGUUGUCCCCGAAAAUCAACACCCUAUGGAUACAACUGGGGCCUGACACGGCCGGUGGUGCUUCAGUUACUGAUGCUUUCUUGAAUGGGUUGGAGAUUUUCAAGCUGAGCCGUAAUGGGAAUCUUGCCCGCAUAGAGAUACAUAAUCCAGAAGGAAACAAAAUGUCAAUGAGUCAAAUCCUUUUGGCUGGAAUUGGAGCAGGUAUAGCUUCUAUUGCUAUUUUUGUAGCUUUAUUUAUGUUAAUCUUUUGUUUUUGCAAAAGGCGAAGAAAUAAACCGGGUGAUACGAAAAACAACUCUCCGGGAUGGUGGCCAUUGUUUCUUCAUGGGGCUGUUGUUAAUAGUACUGCUAAUUGCAAGGGAUCAUCGGGAAGUCAGAACCCAGUUGGGUCUGUGGCCUCUGCUAGAGUUGGUCGUUGGUUCACACUAGCGGAGAUCAAAGCAGCAACUGAUAAUUUUGACGAUAGUUUAGUGGUUGGAGUAGGGGGAUUUGGCAAGGUGUACAAAGGGGAGAUUGAAGACGGCACGCUUGUGGCUAUUAAGAGGGCCAACCCACAAUCUGAGCAGGGCCUGGCAGAAUUCGAAACAGAGAUUGAGAUGCUUUCAAGGCUCAGACAUCGACAUCUCGUCUCCAUGAUUGGGUUCUGCGAAGAACAGAAUGAAAUGAUCUUGGUAUACGAGUACAUGUCAAAUGGGACGCUUAGAAGUCAUCUCUUUGGUAGUGACCUCCCUCCGUUAUCUUGGAAGCAACGAUUGGAAGUUUGCAUUGGUGCUGCGCGGGGAUUACAUUACCUUCACACGGGAUCAGAUCAGGGAAUCAUCCACAGGGAUGUUAAGACAACUAAUAUACUAUUGGAUGAGAAUUUCGUUGCGAAAGUGGCUGAUUUUGGAUUGUCAAAAAAUGGCCCGGCUUUGGAACAUACCCAUGUUAGCACCGCAGUCAAAGGAAGCUUCGGAUAUCUUGAUCCUGAAUAUUUCAGACGACAGCAGUUGACUGAGAAAUCGGAUGUUUACUCAUUUGGUGUAGUGUUGCUCGAAGUUGUUUGUGCACGAGCUGUUAUAAAUCCAAGCUUGCCAAAAGAUCAGAUCAAUCUCGCAGAAUGGGCAAUGCGGUGGCAAAGACAGAGAUCACUGGAAACCAUUAUUGACCCACAUCUGAAAAGGAAAUAUUCUUCGGAAUCAUUGAAGAAAUUUGGGGAGAUUGCUGAAAAGUGUCUUGCAGAUGAGGGUAAGAGCCGACCAACAAUGGGUGAAGUUUUGUGGCACUUGGAGUAUGUCUUACAAAUUCAUCAAGCUUGGUUAUGCGCCAAUGAUGGAGAAAACUUCUCUAAUAGUCAGGUUAUGGUGACUAUUGAGGAAAAAGAAGCUGAGGAGGUACAAGAAGCUGCAACUGUCAAUGACACGACCGCUUUAGCCCCAAAACAGAAAGAUGACGAAGAAUCUGCCGGAAACUGCUGAAUCAGAUGCUGUGGUUGUUGGAUUCGAUGAGUUUUCCCAGCUGGUAAACCCGCAGGGAACGUGAGAACUAGAUUCUUUUUUCUUUUUCUUUUUUUUUGGGUACAUUGGAAAAUAAGAACUAGAUUCUUGAUACUGUAGUCAAUACCCAUGUUGUUAUAGGCCUGAAAUUUCGUCGUAUAAUAUCCAUAUCAUGUGAUUACCCUAUUAGAGAGGGGAAGAGAGUAUGUAAAUCAUGAUGAUAUCUGAAAUACUACAUGCAGCCAAGGUUUGUAUUUAUUUGGUUUGUGGUUUUGUAUAUUUUGGAGGAUCUUUCCCACUGGUGGGCUCAUUAAUAUUCUUUUAUUCUUGUA